AUGUCAACAAGUGUUGCCUAUGCGGCAGUCACUUUCGGUAUCUUUUCGAUUGUCUGCUGUCUUUUCUCAGUUCCAAUUAUUUUGAGUCAAGUUGAAGAAAUUCGAAAUGAAUUGAAUGUUGAAAUCGAUUCAUGGAAGGUAAGGUUUCAAGAGGGCGUUAAGUUAGAAACUGGUUCAAACAAAAAAAUCAACCAAAAAGAUAACUGAUUUUUUCGACCGCCCAAUUCUAACAAAUUCUAGGUUCAAACCGAUUCAAUGUAUGCGGAUAUGCAAAAGUUCGGAAGAGUCAAAAGACAAUAUGGUGGAUAUGGUGCAUCAGGAUCACAAAACCCAUCGUCUCCACAAUUCCCAAUUGGUGGCGGUUCACCAAAUCCAGCCAAUUUCCCAGGAGUUAUUGGAGUUCCUCCACAAUUUAACAAUGAGCCAAAUCAACCAAAUGGAGCUUGCAAUUGUCAAGCUGAUAAUUCAUGCCCAGCCGGACCAGCUGGACCAAAAGGAGCCCCAGGAACUGACGGAAUUGAUGGUAUUCCAGGAGUUCCAGGAAUUGAUGGACAAGAUGCUGACGAUGCAGCUGCUCAAACCCAACAAUACGCCGGAUGCUUCCACUGCCCACAAGGACCACAAGGACCACAAGGUCCACAAGGAAAACCAGGAGUUCGUGGAAUGCGUGGAGCACGUGGACAAGGAGCAAUGCCAGGACGCGAUGGAACUCCAGGACAACCAGGAACAUUGGGACCAGUUGGACCAAUUGGAGCAACUGGAGAACCAGGAAAUGACGGAGAACCUGGACAAGAUGUUGAACAUCAAAUUGGAAUUCAAGGACCAAAAGGAGAACAAGGAGCAACUGGAGAACGAGGAGAUCAAGGACCACAAGGAGAUACUGGAGCUAUUGGAAUUCCGGGAGCACCAGGAGAGAGAGGACCAAAAGGAGAUCAAGGAGAUAAUGGAGAAAAUGGAGCAGCUGGACAACAUGGAGAAGAAGGAGAACCAGGAACUGAUGCUGAAUAUUGUCAAUGUCCACAAAGACAAGAAACUGCUGCUGUCAAUAACAAUCAAGGAUACAAGAAUCGUAGACAUUAA